UCACGUCCACGAAAAGCGGUUGGGACAACGCCGCCGCUGGGCGUAUUAUUUUCAUUGUUUAUUUCGGCUAUUUAUGAAAUAGUGUAUUAAGUUAAUAACAAUGGCUCGAAAUCCAAAGCUAGAAGAAUUCGAAAUUGAAAGAAAACCCUCCAGAUUCCAGGGGGUGCGAAGUGGCAGCGAUUUUUUUUCACGAAAGCAUUCGCAUUUUCUCGAUAAAAAUGCAUCCAGGGGAAGAUCGCUGAGGGGUUGGGGUAAACUCCUGCUGUUCUACCUGAUCUUCUACUCGUCCCUGGUGCUGCUAUUCGCCAUCUGCAUGACUACCUUCAUGCAGCAGUUCAUCAACCCCCGAGUACCGCGGUUGCAGCAAGAGUACAGCGUAAUCGGCACCAGCCCUGGGCUCGGUUUCCGGCCCCUGCCCCCGGACGUCAGGAGCACCCUCAUCUGGUACAAGGGCACCGGAUACGACAGCUACAAAUACUGGGAGGACGCGCUCAAAGAAUUCCUAUCAGUGUACAAGCGCAAGGGCCAAACGGCCGGCGCCGGUCAGAACAUCCACGACUGCGACUGGAACCGCUCGCCCCCGCCCGGCAAGAUCUGCGACGUCGACAUACGCAGCGGGUACGAGCCCUGCACCGAGGAGAACCACUUCUCCUUCCACAAGAGUUCACCCUGCAUCUUCUUGAAGCUUAACAAAAUAUAUGGUUGGAGACCAGAGUUCUACGAGCCCCACGAAUUGCCUCCUGACAUGCCAGAAGAUCUGCAGCAACAUAUCAGGAGUCUAUCCAGUGCUAACAACCAUACGAACAUGAUCUGGAUAUCCUGCCAGGGCGAGACGCCGGCCGACCGCGAGAAUAUUGGCCCCGUGCAGUACCUCCCGCACCGAGGCUUCCCCGGCUACUACUAUCCGUACGAGAACGCCGAGGGCUAUCUCAGUCCACUGGUCGCGCUGUAUCUAAAGAGACCUAGAACUGGCAUAGUAAUCAACAUCGAGUGCCGAGCGUGGGCGAAGAACAUCAUUUAUAACCGAAAAGAAAGACAGGGAAUCGUCCAUUUUGAACUUAUGAUCGAGUAGACAACACAAGGGGCCCGUUUCUCAAAAGCUUGUAAU